CACCACCACAGCCACAUUGUUUUGCAGUCAGUGAAAUGUCAGUCGCAAUUUGUUUUUAAACAGAUUUGAGUUAAAAAAGUAAAAGAUUUUAACAUAUAUUGAGCUACAAGAACAUUAGUUAAAGCACAAAUCAAUUGUUAUUAUUGUCAAUUUCAACGGUGGAACAAUAAAAGCCUCAAAAUUGGUAAAGUGGACGGCAACACAAUGGGCAACUCGGACGAUCGCGUCUAUGCUGCCGAGAAAAUCAUUCAGAAGCGCGUUAGAAAGGGUGUUGUGGAGUAUCGUGUCAAGUGGAAGGGCUGGAAUCAACGCUAUAACACUUGGGAGCCAGAAGUGAACAUCUUGGAUCGCCGCCUUAUCGACAUCUAUGAGCUGAGCAAUAAAUCCUCGGGUACGCCCUCGAAACGUGGUGCAGCGCUCAAAAAGAAGACAGAGAAGGAACCGGAUCCAGAACCUGAAUCCGAGGAAGAUGAAUACACCUUCACCGGCGAUGAUGUACCCGAUAGCAAUCAGACACCAACGACAUCCUCUGCUGCCGUUGGCGAUGACAACAAAAAGGAUAAGGAAAAGAAGCACCACCACCAUCAUCAUCACCAUCAUCAUCAGCAGCAACAACAACAGCAACAUAACAUCAAUUCGAACCAAAGCAUCAAGUCCGAACGCAUGAGCAAUCGGCGUUCCGAAUCGCCGCUAACGCAUCAUCACCAUCAUGAAUCGAAACGUCAGCGAAUGGAUCAUAGCUCCUCAUCAAACAGCAGCUCCACCCACAAUGAAAACAACUCUUUCGUGCCGGAGGCAGACACCAAUUCCUCCAGUUCGGAGGAUCAACCGCUCAUGGGCACCAAGCGUAAGGCUGAGGUGCUCAAAGAGUCGGGUAAAAUUGGCGUCACCAUUAAAACCUCACCAGAUGGACCUGCAGCCAAGCCACAACAAACGCCUCAGCCAACGGAUUCAACUACGCUGCCCAACAAAACGGAACUGCAGAGCACAGAAGCCGAGACGAGUGAAUCAUCAUCAGCCGCCGCAGCAGCGGCAACAACAGCCCCAGCAUUUGCCGAAGAAGAGGAUGAUGAGUCGUCAUCUGUGGCGUCUGCAGCAGCGGCUGCGGCAACAGCCCCACCAUCGGAAAAUAAUAACAUACCAAAAUUGAGUGGCGCUCUGGCAUUAAGCCAGAAGCAACCAUUGACACCGCUAUCGCCGCGUGCAUUGCCACCGCGUUUCUGGUUGCCCGCCAAGUGUAACAUAUCGAAUCGGGUGGUCAUCACGGAUGUCACAGUCAAUCUGGAGACGGUCACCAUACGCGAGUGCAAAACAGAACGAGGAUUUUUUCGUGAACGCGACAUGAAAGGCGAUUCCUCGCCUGUGGCUUAGGCGCUUUCCAACGCACUCCAAAACAAAAUGAAAUUGUAAAUAGUUCAACAGCGAGUGAAUCUCGAUUUGCUAAAUGUUGAAAAGCAUUUUCUUUUUAAGUAAAAAUUUAUUUAU